AACAGGCUGCUAUAUGAAGUGACAGGAAAUCUGAUAUACGGCAGUCUGAAACUUUUCUCCUGAGCUUCUGACAUUUUGUCGAUUUAUCUCUCUUUAUUUGUGUACCUACAGGAAAAAAAUGAUAAGCCGAAAUACCAAAAAUGUGCUUGUGGUGUCGUUUGGAUUUUUGUUCUUGUUUACAGCGUAUGGAGGACUGCAGAGUCUGCAGAGCAGUCUAAAUGCAGAGGAAGGAAUGGGUGUUAUCUCUCUGAGCGUCAUCUACGGAACCAUCAUUCUGUCCUCCAUGUUUCUGCCCCCCAUCAUGAUAAAGAACCUGGGCUGUAAAUGGACCAUCUUCAUCUGCAUGGCCUGCUACAUCAGCUAUUCCUUUGGAAAUCUCUUCCCUGGAUGGCCGAGUCUGAUUGCCACAUCUGCUAUUCUGGGUUUGGGAGGCUCUCCGCUUUGGUCUGCUAAAUGCACGUACCUCACCAUCACUGGGAACAGACAGGCAGAGAAAGAAAACAAGAAAGGUCAGGAUGUCAUAAACCAAUACUUUGGGAUGUUCUUCCUUAUCUUCCAGUCGUCUGCCGUGUGGGGAAACCUCAUGUCAUCACUUAUAUUCCAACAGGAUGCUAGCGCAGCUGAAAUUCCUGAGGACAGGCUGCAGUUCUGUGGUGCUGCUCUGUGCAAUGAGAACUUCACUACCACGGGGAACUUCACACGGCCAGAGCAGAACCUCGUCAACAUACUGAUGGGCUGCUAUAUUGGUGUCGGGGUUCUAGCGAUGAUCCUUGUGGCAGUUUUCCUGGACAACAUUGAUGGAGAAGAAGCAAAGAAUUUUCGGAAAAACAUAGGCAACCAAAAUUUCUGCAGUACCUUCCUGGCCACAUUCAGUCUUCUAAGAGAUAAAAGGCUGUUGAUGCUCAUUCCUUUGACUAUGUACAGUGGAUUCGAGCAAAGCUUCCUCGCUGGCGAAUACACCAAGAAUUACGUAACUUGCGCAUUGGGAAUCCAUUAUGUUGGAUUUGUGAUGAUCUGCUUCGGGGCUGUGAAUUCGCUGAGCUCCUACUUGUUCGGGAAGCUUGCGCAGUACACCGGGAGAAUCGCUCUCUUUUGCCUAGCCGCUGUGAUAAACCUAAGUUGUGUGAUAGCUCUGCUGUUCUGGAGGCCUCAUCCGGACCAGCUGCCCGUCUUCUUCGUGUUUCCUGCUCUCUGGGGCAUGGCAGAUGCUGUGUGGCAAACACAAACCAACGCGCUGUACGGCACGCUGUUCCCUGACCACAAGGAAGCAGCGUUUGCUAAUUAUCGCAUGUGGGAGUCUCUGGGCUUCGUGAUCGCCUUCGCGUACAGCACAUACAUCUGUCUGUCCACCAAACUCUACAUCCUCAUCGCGGUCCUUCUUCUGAACAUGCUGACGUACUUCUGGGUGGAGUAUAACGAGUACCGUCAUCCUACUGCAGCGCUGAAACACAGCACGGACAAGCUGGACGAGAUGAACCUGAAAGACACAGACACAGAGAAAUACCAGAAGAUUAUUUGUCAGACAAAAAUAUAGUGAAAGAUACUUAAUUUUUAUUUGAUUUUAUUGUAUUUUUUUUUUUUAAGGUCGUGGAUGGCAGAGAUGGGGGACUCGAGACAUAUGACUUGACUCGAGUCAGACUUAAGUCACACAUUUGAGACUUGAGACUGCUUGACAAAUAUUAAAAAAAGACUCGACUUGACUUUGACUUGACUUUCAUGACUUGAGACUUGACUCAGACUUGAGUUAAAUGAUUCAGAGAUGGGGGAUUCGACUUGACUCGAGUCAGACUUGAGUCGCAAAUUUGAGACUUGAGACUUGCUUGACAAAUAUUUAAAAAGACUCGACUUGACUUUGACUUGACAUUCAUGACUUGAGACUUGUGACUUGCACAUGUGUGACUUACUCCCACCUCUGGUGGAUGGUCAGUGUGUCUCAAAAAUGCAUGGUGGCUUCUUUUAUAAUUUAGUAAUAGAUAUGCCAAUAAAUUAAACAUUAUUAUAGAAAGUUUAUGUAUAAACUGGAUCAUGUUUUUUUCUUAUUCUGAAGUGAAAUGAUCGCUGAUGAUGUUUGGAAUUUUCACAUGAAUUUUCACAUAUUUGAAAUGAUUCGCUUUCACGUAAAAAUCCAUACAAGUCAGUAAAUAUAACGCAAUCAUGAAAAUCCAGUAUAAAAAAACUGUUAUAAUAUUAUGUAUAUUAUACAUUGAAUAUUUCUUGUCUGAAACCUGUGUUAUUCUAUUUGCAGGUCAAUUAUGUCACAUUACCUCCAGUUAUUUACUGGUCAUUGGCUAAUUGGUAGCCAUCAGUGUCCAUUACUAAUAUAAUAGAAUUAUAAUAGAAAGUUUUAUUAUAGUUUAUAAUAGAAAACUAAAGAAGCCAAAUUAGGAUGACAUUUCUACAGUAUUUUGUAAUAUUUGUCCUGCAGUGUAACCGAAAGGCUUUUGUAUAUAUAUAAAUGUUUAUAACAUGCUUUCAUAAUUAAUCGAGUUAAACCUUCACAGAUUUAAAAUUAACAUUUUUGUUUUGGUUGGAAAUGUUUUAUUUUAAAUCAUAUUUAAAAUGGGAACUAUUUUAAUUGUACUUUGAUGUUGGGAUUGUGUUGUGGGGUUUAAGGUUGUAGGUCUGGUGAUAAAUCCAAUAAGACCACUUUUUAACUAGAGUGAAGCCUUUUAGUUCAGAAAUAAAAAAAAUUUUUAAAGAUG